AUGUCAGCUACAGAACAGAAAGUACCCCAAGAAACUCAAGCUCCAGCAGCUGAAGAGCUGAUUAUCAGAUCACUCGAAGAGGAUGACGAAUUUGAGGAUUUUCCAGAUAACGAUUCAAAAUGGGUCGCCGAUGCCAAAUUGAAGGAAGAAGCACUUUGGGAACAAGAUUGGGACGAUGAUGAUAACCAAGACGAAUUUUCACAAAAGUUGAGGGAGGAAUUGAUAAAAUCACAGAAAACAGCAAACUAA